AUGUACUAUAUGCCGUCCAAGCCCACGGCGGAGCCGCGUCCUGCCGUCCCGCGUCUCGGCGGCGGGUGGUUCCCUGAUGCCCUGAACAACCCUACGGAGCUGCCGAGUCGUGCGCCUGCCUCGGAGGCCGUGCUCCCUGCGCCGCUGCAUGGCACACGACAGGUGAAAGCACUGGUGGACGACGUAAUGAACGCGGCGCACCAGCUUGUGCGCGGCGGCGACACGUCGCUGCUGUGCAACGUGUGCCGCACAGGGCUGAGCACGCUGCAGACGCUCGCGCAUGUGGACCCUGAGCUCGUGCCUGACGUGCUUACCGGCGUGUGCCGCACCCUGAAGCUGUUUGGUGGCACGGCCGUGAGCGACCAAUGUGCGCUGACCUUUGAUCGCGCCAUGUACGGCGGCCCUAUUACGCAGGUCAUGAGCUACGGCAACUUCUCCGGCAAUGCGCCGGACGCCACGCUCGUGUGUGCGGCCGCGACGUUCUGUGAGCGCCCGUCCGAGGCGCUCUCGGACGCGUUCCUCGACGACUGGUUCCACGGCUCGCGCGCGCCGUCCCACGCUACGCUUGCACGCUGGCGCGCGAAGCAGGCGCAUGCCCAGGCGCAUUUUGAUGAGUCGGCGCUCCUUCCCGUCCUGCACAUUUCCGACCUGCACGUCGAUGGUCGCUACAUGGUCGGGAGCGAGAGCAACUGCACGUUCGGCGAGACCCGCUACUGCUGCCACUCGCUGAGCGCGAACAGCGCCCUCUACUCGAAGCCCAUCACGCACGGCACCGUGCCGCGCGCCAACAUCUCGGCGCCGGCGGGCUACUGGGGCAACUACACGUGCGAUGCGCCGUGGUCGCUGAUCGGCAGCGCCUUCCAGGCCAUACGUCACGUCGGCGGCGAGCGGGGCUACGAGCUGGCGCUGUUCACGGGCGACCUGGCGUUGCACGACGACCUGUUCCGCUACUCGCACGACCUGAUCCUGUACUCGGCGCAGGCGCUCUUCGGCGCCCUGAAGGGCAUCCUGGGACGCGCGCCCCUCUUCGCGACACUUGGCAACCACGAGACGUCGCCCGAGAACUUUUAUGCGCCGCACAACCUGCCCGACGGGCGCGGGCACCAGUUCGAUUGGGACUCGGACUACCUCGCCCGCCUCUGGCGCUCGCUCGGCUGGCUCGAUGCGCACGGCGAGCAGGAUGUGCGCACGCACUACGGCGGGUUCUCCGUCUCGCCUCGUCGCGGUCUGCGCGUCAUCUCGAUGAACUCGGACUUUUGGUACUUUGUGAAUGUGUUCAACUACAUCCACUCGACGAACCCGGAUCUGAGCGGCAUGUUCCGCUUCCUCACUGACGAGCUGUUCGCGGCCGAGGCGCGGGGCGAGCGCGUGUGGAUCCUGGGCCAUGUCGCGACCGGCUGGGACGGCUCGCAGUCGCUCGAGAAGCCGAGCAACCUGUUCUACCAGAUCGUGAGCCGCUUUGCGCCCCACACGAUCGCAGCCAUCUUUUUCGGGCACACGCACCAGGACCACUUUUCCGUGUUUUACCGCGCCACGUCGGGACGCUCCGCCGACGCGCCGCGCCGCACCGCCGGUGCCGUGACGGUGGCGCUGAAUGCACCGAGUGUGACGCCCGAGUCGAACGUGAAUCCGUCAUUCCGCGUGUACCUGGUCGACCCUACCACGUACGAUAUCUACGACUGGGACCAGUACUACACGGACGUGGAUGCGUUUGCCACGUCGGCGCACGGGCCCGUGUGGCACCAUCUCUACCGCGCACGCGACACGUACGGCGAUUUUCACGCAAGCGUGCAGGAUGGCCAGUAUACGGCACACGUGGCCCUCGACGGCACACACUGGCCGCGCGGCGCGCCGCUGAACGCUACGUUCUGGAGCGCAGUGACGGACGAAAUGGAGGCGCGACCCGAGCUUCUCACAACGUUCUCGCGUCUACAGAGCCGCCGGAGCUCGCGCGCGAGCGUCUGUACGGACCACGACUGCCGCCGCGCGAAUGUGUGCUACAUGCGCAGUGCGACGGCCGCGCAAGGCCGCUCGUGUCCGUCAGGCUUUGGCUCGGUCGUGUGA